AUGUCUGGCACCUCGCACCUCGCCCCGGCCAACCUGCGCAACCUACGCGCCUGCAUGGUCUGCGGCAUCAUUCGCACCGAUGGCCAGUUCAAGGCUUCAGGCUGCCCCAAUUGCGAUUCCUUCCUCGAGCUGGCCGGGAAUCCAGACGCCGUCCAGGAAUGCACUUCGCAAGUCUUUGAGGGCAUGAUCACCGUCAGCGAUACCUCCAAAAGCUGGGCCGCAAGAUAUCUGAGAUUGGAGGGUUACGUGCCUGGAUUGUAUGCUAUCCAGGUCGAGGGCGUGUUGCCCGAAGAUGCCGCAGUCGCUGCCGAGAAUGCCGGCGUCGUCUAUAUCCCUCGAGACGGAAGUGUGAGCGAAGCUUUGCCAACGGAUGCUUAG